AUGGAAAAACACUUCUUGUUGAUCUUCUCCCUUUCCUGCUUCAUUGUGGUGGCUUCCCUGAUGUGUAGAACAUGCCACCUUCACAUCCAGACAGACCGCUGUCGUAGAGGUCUUGGAGUCUGUGUUGCUCAGAAAAACGAGGAGUGCAUGUUAUUAAGUAUCAUGCAGGGUGACAUUCUACAGUUAUCAUAUAUGGUCUGUCAGAAAUUCUGCAGAAACUUGACUUUUGUGUAUGAGAAUCGGACUUAUGUUCAUAAAUGCUGCAAAGAAAAUUUUUGUAACUUCAGAUUGUAA